AUGGCCUAUCCGCGGAAACGCGCCGUUACUGCAUGUCAAGUGUGUCGUGCACGACGUACAAAAUGCGAUCAGAAGAAACCCCGCUGCUCCUUCUGCGAGCGAAUCGAUGCACAGUGUAUUUCCGAACCCGCUAGUCUAUCAACCUUUGAUCCAGCAAGUCUGGCUAUUCUGGAGCGACUGGCCAAUGUAGAGGAGAAGCUAGAUGCCAUUCACGCUGCAGGGCCAGAAGUAAACACGCUUCCCCUCCAAUUAUCCGGACCCCUGGUCCCGCCACUGCCUGAAAGUCUGGAAAAGGUUCUCGGCUGGUCAAUUUUCUGUUCUGGCGCGUCCCCCAUUAUAUCGACUUGUCAAAAACUACCCAGCCCUUUGUCAUCGAGGUUGACUGGUGAUACCCAGCCGGUAGCCAUAUCUGGCGAUGAGCUUGACCCCAAUCUGUGUGCUGGGUACCUAGAUGCAUUUUUUCGGGAUGUGCAUGUCAAAAAUCCGGUUUUCCAUGAACCCAGUAUUCGCACACUCGUUCGCAGAGUCUGCCACAAUGGCGCUGGCUGGGACGCUGAAUCUUGUCUCGCUUUGCUAAUUUGUGCCAAUGGUGCAAUUUCACGCCCAUUUCGUUCGCCUUCACUUUCAGUCAAUGAAAUACACGUAUCAGCGGGACCGGCCCUAUUCGCCACGGCACAAAAGCGUAUGGGCUGCAUCCUCGAGUGUCCUGGGCUUAUUCAGGCCCAAUGUCUAUUUCUGGCUGGCGUUUACAUGAUGACUUGUAUGCGUGCUUUUGAUGCAUGGCGCAUGUUUCUACAAGCUCUGGCAGCAUGUCAGGGGUUCGGUUUUGUUCAGAACUCGUCGCAUCCGCAACAGCAAAAUCAAACUGGAAACCUAGCGGAGGAAAGCAUAUACUGGUCAUGCUGGAAAUCAGAGAGAGAGCUCAGAUGGGAGCUCGAUUUGCCGGAUUUCCGUAACUCGUCUCUCGACUCCCCGACACUGUUUCCAAGUCUCCCUCAGGGCAAUGAAGGGGAUACCCUGCGGUCCUGGUAUUUCUACUUAUCUGAAAUUUCUCUUUGGCGUCUAGAGACAGAUGCGCGGGAAGAAAUCACCAGAGUUUCUCGGGAUUGGAGGCCUGGAAAGCGGGGACCACUUCUCGACCAGCUGGCUGAGGUCGCUAAAAGCAACUACGACCAGUUAGUUACCUGGCAGGACUCGCUGCCAUCGAUAGUGGCUAUUUUAGACGAUAAUAUGGAAUCGGACAUCCUUCGAUUUGUGUUGCGAGGUCGAGAAACGUAUCUACUUGAGCUUAUAUCAUGGCCCUUCAUUUACGCUAUCGUUAGGCAGUUGCCUUCGUCACCCGCGGAGACAAUGAGCCCCUCUGCGCGCGAAUGGGCUUCGAGGGGACUACAAUUCCACCUCAAUCGGUUGAAUAUUAAUCAACCUGGCUUCUACCAUCGGCACCAUGGAACCUGGCUCAUGAUGCACUCUUCGGCCCGAAGCGCGGCGAUUCUUCUUGCGGUUGCACUUAAUCCGUCCACCUACGAUCUGCUUCCGCAAGGAUGGCUGCAGGCAAUUAAAGAUACAACAGAUAUGUUGCAUUUCUGGUGCAUGGAAGUGAAAGGGAUGGAGGAAAAGGUCGAGUUAUUUAUGCAUCUUCUUUCAAACUUCCAACAUUGA